CAUGUCCUGGGGCCAUGAUGAGUAUCUCUACAGGGUCAUGAAGUUCAACAAGUGCACCAUCCCAGAAGAGGGUCUGUAUAUGAUCCGAUUCCAUUCCUUCUACCCCUGGCACUCCCAUGGAGACUACAUGCACCUCUGUGAUGACAAGGACAUGCGCAUGAUUCCCUGGGUUCGCGAGUUCAAUAAGUUUGACCUCUACACCAAGACCACUGAGCUGCCUGACAUAGAGAAGUUGAAGCCAUACUACCAGUCUCUCAUCGACAAGUACUGUCCUGGGGUACUGAAGUGGUGACACACAGACAGAUGGGGCAGCCACACACACCUACCCCAACCUCAAAUGUUUCAUAAAUCAAUUAACUAUCACAAUUCAUUUCUUUCCCACCCUCUCUCACACCUUCAUAGAGAUCAUAUCCAGCAGCAACACCAAGGCAUCUCCUCAGAUAUGGGUAACACUAUAAGCUUUAUCUUUAUAGCCUUUACCAUGUUGUUGUCAUCUGUAAGUCAACUACAGAACAUCCUAAAAGUGUUGUUUGUUUUUUAGAAUGCUGAUUACAAUUCAUAUGGUUAAUAAUGAAGAACCAAAUGGAUACAUUUCCUAUCUUUAUUAUAAAUGAUACAAAAACAUUAACAUUAUCCAUUCAUGGAUGUGAUGUUUUUUCAAACGUGGAAAGACGCUUGGCAGGAAAGUGCAGAAUUGGUGAUUCAGUACAUUAUAUCUGGCAGCAAAGCAAAGGACCACAGUGGCAAACCAAACACCCUUUAACACACACACACACACACACACACACGUAAACAUGUACAAUGACAAGGAAACUGACAAAAAAAGUUAUUUUCUCUUGAUUGUAAUAAUACUACAGAUAAUUGGAAAACUUUGUCUAUUCAUUUCAAAUAAAGUGAUUGUCAAAUGUAGAAUAAAGCAUCAACGAAAUUCUUUGGUUAGAAGGUUAUUGUUGGCGAAAGGCAGACAAGUAGUCAAGACAGGCAGCUUUCUCUUGAGCACUUGCACAGAGACAGUUAG